AAUACCCCCCUCACUCGGGGUCCGAUUUCCAAAAUGCAUUUGAAUAAACCAAAACACUGAAGUGCUUUAAUAUAUCCAAUGUUUUCUUGACAAGUUUCUCUUUCAGAUUUCAGAAUCAAAGUUCGAUCUGCUUAGACACAAAAUUCAAAAUGUAUUUCCAAUUACAAAAUAUCGAGAAAACCUUAGUUAAGUUUCGUAACACAUCUCAAAAUUCUCAUAAGUAAGAAAAUCAGGUGGUUCUGCGGAAGAUUCUUCUUUUUCGCGCUUGGGACUUUAAGGAAUAUAAAUAUGUUUCGAAUUUAAGUUUAUGCCGUCAGUUUGACUUUUAAUUCAUAGAUUGAUUUGCUUUUAGUAUCAUAUCUACAAGUACUAUAUACCUUUAAUUGAUAUACAGCAUGGAUUGUCCGGCUAUCGCUGUCCUGGUAAGCCCAUAUCCUCGGCGUCCCUGGAUGACAAAGACCGGAGCUGCGGCGGCUGGUGGAGGAGAGCAGGGUCUCAAGGGUAUUGUGGCCGGCGGUAUAACCGGAGGCAUUGAAAUCUGCAUCACAUAUCCCACUGAGUACGUCAAGACACAAUUGCAGCUGGACGAGAAGGGAGCGAAUAAAAAGUACAAUGGCAUCUUUGACUGUGUGAAGAAGACGGUGCAGGAGCGCGGAUUCUUAGGACUCUACCGCGGUCUCAGUGUGCUGAUUUAUGGCAGCAUUCCCAAGUCUGCUUGCAGAUUUGGCGCCUUUGAGUUCCUGAAAACGCAUUCUGUGGACUCCAGGGGACAACUGAGUAACUCCGGCAAGCUGCUCUGCGGUCUGGGUGCCGGUGUUUGCGAAGCAAUUGUGGCAGUAACCCCAAUGGAGACCAUUAAGGUGAAAUUCAUCAAUGAUCAGCGGAGCGAUAAUCCCAGGUUUAAUGGUUUUGCCCACGGGGUGAGGGAGAUCAUCAAGGCAGAGGGCAUCACUGGCAUCUACAAGGGUCUUACUGCCACUAUUUUGAAGCAGGGCUCCAACCAGGCCAUCCGCUUCUUCGUGCUGGAGUCACUGAAGGAUCUGUACAAGGGUGAUGAUCCGAACAAGCCGGUGCCCAAGUUGCUGGUGGGUGCGUUCGGUGCCAUUGCCGGAGCUGCUUCUGUGUUUGGCAACACUCCUCUGGAUGUGGUCAAGACUAGGAUGCAGGGACUCGAGGCCUCCAAAUACAAAAACACAGCCCACUGUGCGAUGAUGAUCCUCAAGAAUGAGGGACCAGCCGCCUUCUACAAGGGCACAGUGCCGCGUCUGGGACGCGUGUGCCUGGAUGUGGCCAUUACAUUCAUGAUCUACGACUCCUUCAUGGACCUCUUCAGCAAGUCUUCCCACGCGCUUCCCGUUCCAUUAAUCACCGUAGAGCUGGUUGUUCUACAAGUGUGGGUGGUAACUGUGGAACCUAAGGAACCAAGGGGGCUGACGCAGGCGCAGUUGUUAUCACCGGAGAGUUGGCGGCACGGCCAUACUUUGCGCCGGGCCUUAGUUUACUUUCACCGUUUGCCGGCAGCGUUAGAAGCAACCCGGCUCCGGGUUGCGUCAGUUGCUAAACUCCCACCUUCCUUCCGCCUAGUCAGCAUGGAACGCUCAAGCAUCGCCGCCCUCGUCAGCCCGUACCGUCGUCGCCCCUGGAUGACGGAGAACGGAGCUGCCGCACCCGCUGGCGGACAAAAGGGUCUCAAGGGUAUUGUGGCCGGCGGGAUAACCGGAGGCAUCGAGAUCUGCAUCACAUAUCCCACCGAGUACGUCAAGACACACCUGCAGCUGGACGAGAAGGGAGCGAAUAAGAAGUACAAUGGCAUCUUUGACUGCGUGAAGAAGACGGUGCAGCAGCGUGGAUUCUUCGGACUCUACCGAGGUCUCAGUGUGCUCCUCUACGGCAGCAUUCCCAAGUCGGCGGCGAGAUUUGGCGCCUUUGAGUUCCUGAAAACGCAUUCUGUGGACUCCAGGGGACAACUGAGUAACUCCGGCAAGCUGCUCUGCGGUCUGGGUGCCGGUGUUUGCGAAGCAAUUGUGGCCGUCACUCCCAUGGAGACCAUCAAGGUGAAGUUUAUUAACGACCAGCGCAGUGCCAAUCCCAAAUUCAAGGGAUUCGUGCAUGGAGUGGGACAGAUCGUUAAGUCGGAGGGCAUCACUGGCAUCUACAAGGGCCUGACGCCCACCAUUCUGAAGCAGGGCUCCAACCAAGCCAUCCGCUUCUUCGUCUUGGAAUCACUAAAGGAUCUUUACAAGGGUGAUGAUCCGAACAAGCCGGUGCCCAAGUUGCUGGUGGGUGCGUUUGGUGCCAUUGCCGGAGCUGCUUCUGUGUUCGGCAACACGCCUCUGGAUGUGGUCAAGACUAGGAUGCAGGGACUCGAGGCCUCCAAAUACAAAAACACAGCCCACUGUGCGGUGAUGAUCCUCAAGAAUGAGGGACCAGCCGCUUUCUACAAGGGCACAGUGCCGCGUCUGGGACGCGUGUGCCUGGAUGUGGCCAUUACAUUCAUGAUCUACGACUCGUUCAUGGACCUCUUCAGCAAGGUGUGGCACUAACCCCGCGAUCCUGCGUAAUCCCUAUGUGUGCAUUUCUAUCUGAUCCCAUUGACCUAGUCGGCUGUUGCAAUAGUUUCUAGUGUUCGAACAUAUUCCAAGAAAGCAUUUUAAAUAUCUUUAUACCCAAUAUGCGUAUGUGGCUAUGGAAAUUAUACAUUAUACAGCUUGUUUUAAAUAAUGAAUAAAAUCUGAGAUGACUGUUUGGAAUCGAAA